AUGAAUUCAAUUCAUAAAGAAAAUCUACGUUUAAAAGCAGAGAAUAAUGUUCUACAACAGAAAUUUGCCGAAUUAUCAGCAAAAAUUGGAGAAUCGAUAUCAACAGCCAGUUCAAGUAAUGAAUCAUUUCAAAAAGAAGACGUCGACGUAGAAUGCGACGACAAUCGUAGUGAAGGUGGUCUUGUACAUGUUGUUUCAACAAAACCAACGAAUGGUGAAACAAAAGUAUUCGAUGCUAAUAGUAUUCGUCUUGAAACUGAACAAGAAGAAAAACGUCUUCUUCAAGAACAACUGCGUCAAUUGGAAAUUUCAUCGAAUGAAACAAAUACAAAAUUCUUGAAACAAAUUGAAGAUUUAAAAGAAAAACUUGAUGAAAAACAAAAUGCCUGUUUAAGUUUACAGCAUGAUUUUGAAAAACGUAUUCAAGAUAUGAUUACGGAUAAUAGUAGUUCUAAAACAGCAAAUGAGUUACAGAUCGACGUACUGAAAUCAGAUAUAAAACGACUGCAAGAUGAAGUACAAACAGUAACUAAAACAAAAGAAGAAGAAAUAAUUAAUUAUAAAAAGCGUUUGAAUGAAUCACAAAUAGCUAUUGAUCAAUUAGAAUCGCAGAUUGGCACUGUAGCUGCUGAACAAAAUCAACAAUUACGCACGACUAAUGCUGAACAUCUACGAGUGCUUGCAGAUAAAGAAUCUUUACUUAACCAAAUGAUUAUUGAUCACGAUAUUUUACGUACAGAAUUUGAGCAAUCAAAAGAAGCUUAUGAAACAUUAAUGCAAACUGUUCAAGUACUUGAACAACAAGUCACAAGUAAAACACACGAUUGUGAAUCUCAUCAACGCUUAGCUGAACAACGUAAAACUAUUAUUGAUGAAAUGGCUACGAAUAGUUUGCAAGCUGACGAAAAAGCUAAAGUAACUUUACAAAGUCAAAAAGAAAAAUAUCAAACGGAUAUUGAUCGACUUGAAAAGGAAAAUAAUGAAUUAAAGAUAAAAGAUCGAACAUUGAAACAAUAUCAAUCGCGCUGUGUAGAAUUAGAGAAUCGUAUUAAAUCUGAUGGCGAAGCUAAAAAAACUUUAACAAUUCACCUCGAAGAAUUACAAAAGGAAAUAAUUGAAAAUCGACAAACUUACGAACAACAAUUAAAUGAACAACAAAUUCAAUACGAACAACAACUUGACGAUGAACGACAGAAACAUCAAGAGGAUUUUCAAAAUUUAACUGAAAUUCUCAGUACAAAAGCUCAUACAAUCGAAGAGUUAAAUGCUCAAAUUGACGUUUUAAAACAAGAAGCAUCGACUUUUAUUGAUGAAAAAAGAGCACACGAAAGAAAAGGAGCUACAUUGAUCAAAGAUUUACAAAAACAAUUACAAGCCGAAAAAAAGAAAAAUGAACGAAUGCAAGAAAAAUUGACGGAACUACUUUCAGGGGAUAAAGCUGCACUUGAUGAUCUAUUUUACAUACCUAAGACAGAUGGAAGUCGUCAAGGGGAUACAGCGUCAGUUUCAUCUUUUAGUGGAAUAGGAUAUAUGGAUAGGCCGUCAGUAGCAUCAACUCAAAUGAGUUCAACUGCAUUAGAACAAGAAAAUAAAGAACUGAUACAAAAAUUAGCUCGAGUCCAAGAUGAACGCUCAAUUCUUGAAGAAAAAGUUCGACAUUUAGAAUCAUCGAAUUCUGGAAUGGCCAAUGAUCUUAUUCAACACUAUUCAAAUGAUAAACGUGGAGCAGUUUCCGGUGUAAAUACUCGUUUUUUAACUCCACCAUCUCGUCGUCGACAAAAUGCUUCAACAGAUCGACAAUCAAAUACAUCAUUAAAUUUUCGUAAUAUGCUUGAAAGUUUAAGUGGCAAUAAAACUCAAUCACCAAAUGAUGAUACGAUAAAAAAUCUUCAACGGUUAUUAGAAGAAACUCUAACAAAAAAUAUGCAUCUGCAAAAAGACUUGGAAGUUAUGUCUUUACAAUUACAAAAUAAUAAAUAA